CGUGGCGGGCAGAUGUUGCGAUCAACUGUUAGCAAGUGGGAAGUGACUAGGAAUUAGGAACUUCUUACUUUUAACUGAUAGCAACAACCUUCGUCGAUUUCCGUGUCUCUCCAAACAAACCGACACCAACCUAGUCGCAAUGGCGAAAUCCAAGAACUCGUCGCAGCACAAUCAGUCGCGCAAGGCUCACCGUAACGGUAUCAAGAAGCCCAAGACCAACCGUUAUCCGUCUCUGAAGGGAACAGACCCCAAGUUCCGACGAAACCACAGACAUGCCCUACACGGCACCAUGAAAGCCAUUAAAGAGUUCAAGGAGGGCAAGCGAGAGACGGCAUAAAGUGGUUUACAUCAAAUUCCAAGACACGACAUCGCGAUUGCGCAUCAGGGCAAAAUUCGGGGACACUCAGGCAUGAUCAUGGAGUCAAGGUUAUGCAUUUGCUGCUUGUAUCCAGGCACGCUCUUCUACGGCGAAGAUGAAGGGGUAACCAAAUGAAGUUACGUUCGCCAAACCAGUCUCUUGUGUUUGUCCAUUCCCUGCUUCGAACUAGUCUAGAUCGCCCGUGAUGAACAAAACAAACCCAACAACGGCAUAUGUGUGUACAGCUCUAGGCCAUUCCCAUGCCUAUCUGCUGAAGGAUGUUUCUUCUCGUGCCGAGAGUGAUCUGCCCGUCUAUUACCAAACACCCGUGCUUCGAGUUGCUCUAAGGCGAGGGUGCAUGGAGGCUCGGCAACAUUCCUAGUUGUCCUAUUCUGUUCCUAUUCUGUUC